GGGAGGCCCGGGCGGGGCCCGAGCUAGGGCUGCUGCCCUGAUCUGGUUUGGCUUUGCUGCUCGCCACGUCCCACGCCUGGCCACCAGUGCUUUCCAGCCGUCGGAGGGCCGCGGGCCUGCCGCGCCCGGAUGCGUCUGUUACCACUGUGGAGCAUCUGCAUCAGUCCCACGUGUGCCACAAAGCAUGCCAUGGCCUGGGAGUGCCCUGCCAAGCUGCCCUCACCUGCAAAGCCAGGCUUUACCUGGCGAGCACACAGUGUCACGCCCACAGCUCCCCAAGGAGGAAGCUGUCCCAGCCUGCAAGCCUGCCCUGAGCAGCUGCCUCUGAUCCCUUGGCCAGGCAGAAGGAAACCAUCAAUAGCCUGAGAAGCCAACCAGCUGGGAACCUCAGGGACCAUACCACCCUGCUCUCAGCUUACCUGCAAGAUGUGGACAGCACUCAUCCUGGCUUGGAUUUUCUCCUUGUCCUUAUCUGGAAGCCAGGUGGCAUCUGACAAACCGCGAUUCUUAAUCCCUAACAAGUUGUGGAUGAAAGUAGUCAAGAAGAGUAUACCCAUGGAAGUAGUGACAGGGGUUCAUGAGACCUCUGAGAAACCAAAUACAGUGGCUCCUUCUAUGGUCAAAUUCACUAAAGGGACUUUGGCAGCCAGCCUCAACUCUACUAAAGUCACAGCAGAGACAACCCACAGGACAAACAUGAGCACUCUAGCAGCUGCGGAAGCUGCAACGGACAAUGCAACCUCUGAAGCUCUCACGGCACCCAAGGCAUCCAUCCCCCCGUCACCCAUCCCCACGUCAGUGUGGCAGAACCCAGCCACAGCUACCACUGGGCUUCCGACUCUCAGCACACCCCAUGCACAAGUGCCAAGUACCAAUGUGUCUCCAAGGACAGCAGCAAGGGCAACAUUGGCCACACAUAACCAGACUGCUGCCGCCAACGCAGGCAGCUCCUCAGAGGACGCACCCACUAACUCCACACUGAGCCCCCCACCCACCGUGGGUCCCCAAGCACAAGGUCCCACCAGCCAGGUGUCAACGGCCCAGACAGUGCUUAACACAACAGGUAGGUCUCCACCUGCCCCCUCAAAUACCACCCAAGAGGCCACUACCACCCCUUCCAUGGCUUUGGUGUCUUCCACGGCAGUGGCCACCACCCAGGCUCGAGCUAAGGAGCCAACUACCAGCACAGUGCCAGCACCUCCCACCAGUCAGACCCCUGAGGUAGUAGCCACAUCCCCCACAACACUACCAAGCCCUGUGUCAUCUACGCAUGGGGCAGGAGGGCCAGCCACCCCCCAGACGUCAGAGCCAGUGGAGACCAAAGCCACAUCCGAAAAUGCCUCUACCGGGCUGACACCUCGGAGCCCAGGGGACCCCAAGAUGCCAGCUACGAAUCUGUGCCAGCCCAGCACCGACGGCCAGUACCUGGUGGUCACCACUGAGCCCUUGACCCCAUCUUUGGUGAACAAAACAUUCCUCCUGGCGGUGCUUAUACUUGGGGUAACCCUUUUUGCCACUGUCUUGGUUUUGUUUGCCCUGCAAGCCUAUGAGAGCUACAAGAAGAAGGACUACACACAGGUGGACUAUCUGAUCAAUGGCAUGUAUGCAGACUCGGAGAUGUGAGCACAGGCUGGGGCCGGCCCGGGACAACCACAGCUCGGGCCUCUUCCUCCACCUUCCAUUUUGCCUCUGAGACCAAACCAAGUGCUUCCAAACUCUUUUGGUGCAAUUUUGGAGAUAUGCCAGAUGCUUAGACACAUCUUACUGCUGUCAGAUUAAUUCCAUGAUCAUGAAAGGGUUGCUGCUUUUUCAUAUUUAUUUUUGUAAACGAUCAUGAGCCAGGAGCAGGCGGUGACUGCCCUGGGGUGGGCAGAAGCCCUGGACCACUUGGCCCCCGGGGUGUCAGAUCUUAACCAGAAUUAAAGUAGUGACUGCUCUCCACUCAGA